UUAAGUAAAAAUUGAGAUUUUAAAUUAUGAAUUGAGGAUAUCCAAAGUGGGUGAGUCACGACGAAAUGCCGAUUUGGAGCAUUGAUGCUCAACCUAAUGGAUUCCGCCUGCUAACAGCAGGCGGAGACAACAACAUCAAGGUCUGGAAUAUACUUCCCAUGAUCAGUCCGAAGUAUGAAAUUGGAGAUGAAGAAUGCGAUAUGGAAGACCUCUCUCAUGUUGAAUAUUUAGAAGAGCUCUUUGAAAAGGAUGACCAGAGAUACGAGAGAUUACUAGCAACUUUGAACCUCCAUACUAGCCCUGUGAACGUGGUGAGAUGGAACAAGCUCGGAACUGUCUUUGCCAGUGGAUCGGAUGAUGGAACUAUCUAUAUUUGGCAUUACAGAGGUAUGAAAAGAGGCUCUUUCCAAAAUUCAGAUAAGGUAGAAGAAGAUUGGGCUACUGCUAAAACACUCAGAAGUAAUAGCGACAAUAUUUUCCAAGUAAGCUGGUCUCCAGAUUCUAAACAUUUGCUAUCCUGAGGUGUUGAUGGAAAAAUUUAUAUUUGGGAUAUAUUUCAGCCAAGUCCGAUCAAAGUCUUGCAGGCUCAUGAGAAAUAUGUUAAUGGUGUUGUCUUUGAUCCCUUUAACAGGUACUUCAUUUCACAAUCUACAAUGGAGAAGAAGGUGAUUGUGUGGAAAAUUCAUGACAAAUUCUCAAAUUUCACCAAAGAGAAGGAAAUCUCACAUCCAUAUAGCAAUAAUAGUGGCAUUCCCUCCCAGUUUUCAAGACUUGACUGGUCACCUGAUGGUCAGCUAAUAGGAACUAACAGUGGUUCAGUGAAGGGGAUCUUCACAUCUCCUUUAAUUCGAAGAGGCGAUGGGUGGAAAGUUGAAGGACACCUCAAAGGCCAUCGCAAGAAUGUUAAUAUCUGCAGAUUCAGCCCCUCACUGAAGAAAGAGAUUACAGAGUCUGAAGGAAGAGAAACGUUAUCCUGCUCUUCAUAUCUCGCAACAGCUGGAGGAGAUGGAAAUGUUGUCAUUUGGAAAACAGGAGCUGAUCAUCCAUUCUUUAUCUUAAGAAGAGCUUCAGAAGCAGGAAUCAGUGACCUUACUUGGGGUCUAAAUGGAAAUAUUCUCUUAGCCUCCUCAGUAGAUGGAGAAAUCUGUAUGACCUACUUUCAUCCCAAAACACUUGGAGAUUUCUGUAAUACCACUGAAGAGCAGGAUAUUUUCUUUGCAAACUAUGGUGAAAUUGUUGCAUUGGAAUACAAACGAAAUAGUCAAUUUAUUGUGAAAUCUUUGUCAGAUAUUAGAAGAAAUGUGGUUUCAGGGAAGCAAGAUAAGCAGAUUACCACAAUUAGUAGCAAGACAGGGAAGAAGAGGAUUAUUCCAAUUUCAGAAGAAACAAUUAUCACAGAGCUUGACCCUAAAGAAUUCAGGUUUAAAUUUUCUGAUUUUCCAUCAUCUUAUAAAGAAGAAGGAACAAUGGAACAGCUGGAUAAUGCUAAACCUUCUGCCAAUAGUGGUUCUCCAAUGAGAUCAGAAAUGUCUCAAGAGGAAGCUUCAAUUGAUACUACCUCUCCUUGCAAAACUGAUUUAGCUUCUGAAGAUGCAAACAUGAGCAUUGAACAAGCUGACCAGAUAUAAAAUCUCAAAAUCUUCUAAAAAGGUCAAGAAAGUAUCUUACAAGAAGUAAAUUAACCGCUGAGAUCACAGGCGCAGAGGAGCCUUCCUCAGCUCCUCAGCCAGAAGAUCUUCCACAAAUUUAUUCUGUUCCAAAGGAAGCCCCUGAGCUACUACUUGACGGAAUUUCAGAGACCGAUAGAGCAACUGAGAUCACUGGGGAAGAGCCUAAAGAAGAAGACCCAGAUACAAGAUAUUUUAAGAGAAUUAUGGCUUUGAUGAAUGAAAAAUUUGACAUUAUCCAAAACCUAGAGACAUAUUGGAAGAAUUACAAAAAUCCUCCUCAGGAAAAAUAGAAUCAGGAUAGUGACAAAUGAUCUUUUCUGCCUGCCAUUUACUUUAGUGGUCACAAAUGAGAUCACUCAGAACACAAAGGCUGUAUUGCCAGCUCUCAUCAAGUCAACAUUUAGAGUUGAUAUAACAUUGCUUACUAUGAAAGGUGAGAUAGCUUACAGAAAAUAGUGAUGAAAAUAACCAAGCAAUAGCAGUCACAGCAAACACUGACUUCUUUGCUAUCUAUGGUAAGAACGGAUGUAUAAAGAUCUUUGAUACAAGUGACGGUCAUCUGCUGGUGCCGUACUAUGUAAAAACCAAUCUAGUCUUUCUUUCCUCUUAUUCAAACGGAAAUGUUGCGUUCUUGGACUUAGAAGGCAUGAUUACAGUGAUUAAUGUCUAUGAGAAAUAAGCAAUUAUUCGAAGCACCAAAUUUAGUGAAACCCCUCCUCAUCCAGCUUACUAGUGAAUACAUAUCACUGAAGAAGAUACCUGCAAAUGAUGAGCAAAAAAUUGUAUUGUAUUACAUCAGUUUGUUCUAUCUCCAUGAAAAUGAUGUCUAUAUCCAGGUCAACCAUUUCUGUGAUGACUCUGAAACCACAAUGUACUGAUUAAACCAAGAGAUGAAAAAUUGGGAGAAGAUCAAGCAGCUACCGAAAUGCAUCAUUGGAGACGAAAAGGCAGGAAAUAUAGCUUCUGUAAUACCCCUAGACCACAUGGAACUAGAUGGACCUGCUGAGAUUACUGGUCUACCCAUUUCAAAACAAAAAUUGGAACGUGCUUAUUUUAGAUUAGUGAAAGAGAAAGAUGAGCUUAUGGAGUCCAUCCAAGCUGGCAUUGAUGAGCUCGACUGUGACAAUAUGGAAGAUGUUACUCAUGAUGGAACUGAAUACCUUAGGGAAGACUCUCAUGAUUUUUAUGCACUCGAAGAGCAGCUACUUCUCUAUGAAAGGCUUGAGCAUAAAGAAGAAUACUUCAUCACUCUCGAUACUUACCUCAUAAAAUGAAUCAGAGGGGGAGAGACGGAAAGAGUUGUCAAACUUAUCAAAAAGUUUGAUCCUGAAAAUGAAAUAACUAUCUCACAAACCGCAGAAGACAAGCAGCUUAACGAGCUCUUCAUUGGUGUAAGCAAAUCAAAGAUUUUGGAAGACUUCAUUAAGCCAAGAGUAGCCAUGAACAAUGAGCUUGACAAGUUAUUAUUUCCCAAAUAAGAACGAUUUCAACAGUGUUUAA